GUUUUGUAAUGUUUAUAUAUAUUUGGAUCGUGUCUGUGACAUAGAAAAUAUCGUGCUACUUGCUGAGUGUAUUUUUGUAGAAAAAGCGAAGAAAAUGGAACACCUUGCCCAGGAUCUUUCCGUUGCUUUGGAAGAGUCUGAGUCUUGCGGGCCUAUCGCCCUGCAAUCCGGCAGGAAAUGGGGUAUGCGACGUAGGACCAGAUCUGCUGGUAAUUUGCGUGACGAUGGCUCUGAAGGCAGCUCUAGCAGCAAUGAGGAGGCGCACGACGCCGAGAAGAACAAGGUCAGUAAGGGCAAAGAGGAUAACAACCAGAAUCAGUCCGAUUCUGAUGACGUCUCGCUGAGUUUCACCAUGAGUCACAUGCUGAAGAUGAAGCAUCCAAUCAAUAAUAUAAUCCGCGGGCGAUAUAGGAAGCUCGGAAUGAGUCACAGUUUGGAAAGUGACUCUUUUAACGAGCAUUCACCGGCGAGGCCGAGUAUGAGGAGGAAGCGCAAGUUGAAGAGGAUGAGCGUGGACGAGACGCCUAUACCGCCCGUGGGGAAACGGAAACGGCCGCAGCGCUUUGAAAUGAUUGAAAAUGGAAGGAGCAUUUAUCAUGCGUGCAGCAACCAGAAGAUCAAACCUCUGCAUCAGAGCGUCGUGGAUAAGAUUGAGAAGUUCUGCCAACCUCUGGAUUGCGAUAGGAUGGACACGCAGUUCGUGAGCGAUUCUUGCGAAUUGGCGAGCGAAAGCAGUUUGAGCUGGAGUGGCGGCGAAGGCCACGAAGGAGACGACGAGCUCACCGAUUGGGCUCCGACCCAGGACACUUUGAUGGAGACUACGUGGAACGACAACGAUUCCAGGGAAUUCCGCGCCGGUUGCAGGAGAUUGGGGGAUGAGCGUCCUGGCUUCAGCAUAAAUACAAGCGCCAAUGAAAAAGUGGCGCGAUUCCUGCAGGACACCUCCAAAUCUGAGCUGAGACUUUGCGGGGCGGAGCGAGAAAAGCUUAGCCAAUUGGCAGCUCUGUAUUCCUUAGAUCUGUGGUUCGAGAGUCCAACGUCUUCACUACUGGGCAAGACAACGAGGACGCCAUGUAUGCAACCCACUCAGCGCCAUCAUUCCGGUCACACGGCAGGACACAAGAGGAUCCGUACGCAGGACCAUGUCAUUAUCUAAACAACCAUUCCUUCUCCAUAAAUACGUUUUCUUUUUAUUUAUUUGACAUUAUUGCAGCUACAAAGCGAAUAAUGGUUUCGUUUGCGUUCUGUGCCAAAU